GUUAAACUGUCAUUCACAAAUUUAAAAAAAUACACAUGCAGUAUGACAAAAUUAUAAAAUAAACCAUGGAGGAAACGAGCAAUGAAAGUGACAGUGAUAAUGGAUAUUAUUUGAGAUCUAAGCGAAGAAAAUUGAGUGAAUGUUCUCCUAAAUCAAAAACAAGAAAACAUAUCGAUAGAAAUGAUGCUGGCAAAAGAAAAAACCCUAUUAUGCACCUACCUACCGAAAUUUUACAAAAUAUUUUUAAUUUUUUACCAUAUCAUGAACUGAAUAAUAGGGUCAGGUUGGUCAAUCAUAGGUUCAAAAUCAUAGCCGAAAACGAAUUAAAUGUAGCUUUCAAGGUAAUCGAAACCGAUCUCACAAACCAAAUCAAAAAAACUUACGAAUGUUUGGAAGGUACUAGAGAUGAUGCAGAAAUUAAGCACAUUUGUAAAAAGCUUAACAUGCUCGAGCUUGUCAAUAUACAGCAUUCAAUAGUGACAGCCACAAUAUGGAGAUUCGUUUACAACGACUAUUAUAGGACCCCGAACACUUGCAUGUACGGUGGUCUUCUUCUGGAUUUUUUCAAAAACUUUCUGUUGGUUUUUCGUAGCACACCAGAACAACUGUACUCGCCCAUGAUUGCCAAAGACUAUAUGCUACCUGUAGAAAUAACAAAAAUUGUAAUCCAUGCGAAACUAUUCUGCGUCCAUUUUGAUAAAGUCACUGAAGAAAGUAGGGACAGCCACAUACAAAAUAGUGGCUGUAAACUGUUAGAUCUCAUGGAGUGUGCGCUGUUUGCUCAGAAGACCACGAUAUUUGAGAAGAUAACUGCUGAGACCUUUACAGCUAAGUAUUGCUUCUUCUUCAACAACACGUGGUUCAUCGCUCUACCCAUAACCUCGACAAAAGAGAUGUCCUGGAGGCAAAAACAGAGAAUGAUGCACAUGAGGCUCAGGAGGAUAGUCCUAUCGCACUCGGACAUGUAUUUGCAGCAAGCCCAGUAUGAAAGGGAGGUGGCUCUCAGACCUGAAGCCACUGAGAGAGUUAAGAGACCUGGCAACAAUGUGUACACUGGGUAUGGCGAUGUGGAGGAUCAGUUUUUUUACUAUGGAGUCAUGAACAACGGCGCGUACACUCAAAAAUUCCAAACGGUUCAUAACGAUAACGACGAAGAGGACGAUGAGCAUGAGGAUGUAGAUGUGGUUCAGGUUAAUAAUGGAAACCAUGGGGAUUUUUUUAGGGUUGCCAACUCAUCAAGCGAGAAUAUGUUGUAUAGAGUCCCACAUUUAGGGCUUCGUAUAGAUGUAUCGGUUAAAUGCCCCAUAGCAUAUGCCCCGUUGAGGGUUCUAGAAAACGCACUUGUUAAACCUAAUAUAAAACCUAAGGGUACGACUGAAAUAAACAUGGUUUUUGACUGUUAUGGGGGGUACUAUCCACGAUUGCCAACGCAGUGUAAAUAUAACUUUAAACCCUCCAAAAAUAUGUGAUAGAUUUUAUUUAUAUUCAAAUAUGUUUUAAUGAAAUUUUAACUAUUUUUUAAACCUAUUUUUUACAUUGUAUAAAAUAUUAUUUAUUGAUAAAUAAAACUUAAUAUAAAUUUUUGAAAACAUUUACUUCAAUAUUAUAAUUGACACUGAUAAAUAUCUGGGACGGGUAUAUAUAUUCGUUUCUUAUACAUUUUGAUGUAGGUUCUAUUCCCAAACAACACAUUGAAACGUUCUAUGGACCUCCAUUGGAUUCCCUGAAGCUCCGACUCAAGGCUGUUUGGGAUUAUUUCUAACAUCCAUAUUUUUAAUACAUUGAAACACAGUACCAUAUAGAAUACUGUAAGAUUACAAAAUCUGAUCUUUUUGUAUGAAGGAAAUAAUUGGAGCCGAACUGGGGUUCCUCUGAUUAUUCGAAUUGAAAACUCUUGAGUUUCCCAAACACAUCUGAGACAUGAGUUGGUUUUCUUGGGGGAUAAUUUCCUAAAACAACACUUUCAAAAUUCAGUAACGAAAACGCUGAUAUGUUACCUCGCUGUGGUGCAGUGACAGAGCAAGUCUGGCUCUGUUAUGUAAGUGUUGGAUGGCAAAUGGGGAUUGAGACGGACUGGGGAAAUGCAGUUCUGAUCCCAAUAGAUUCACCCCUGGUCUACGUAACAGAUCGGGAGUUUUACUCAGUCCUA